AUGUUUCCAAUUACGCCAUUUGAGAGAAAGCUUUUUGCGCAGCUUCUGGAAUACAAUAGGACGCUGGGGCUGGGGAUGACGUACAGAGUUGCUGGCGGAUGGGUCAGGGACAGGAUAAUGAGCAUUCCCUGCAACGACAUAGAUAUCGCCAUUGACAGAAGUAGUGGGGCUGUUUUUGCAGAAGGAUUCAUCAACUAUCUAAAAGAUCAGUCAGAAGAGGUGCACGGGUACCAUGUGGUGGCUUUCAACCACGAAAAAGCCAAGCACCUGGAGACAGCCAGCCUGCAGUACCUCGGAUACUCCAUAGACUUUGUGGCUCUGCGCACGGAAGAGUACGCAGGCAGCAGAAUACCCGUUGUGCGAACAGGCACCCCGCAGGAAGACGCGAACAGAAGGGAUAUAACCAUAAACUCGCUUUUUUACAACAUAAACACAGAGAAAGUGGAAGACUACACAGGAAAAGGAGUCAGUGACAUAGAAGAGAAAAAAAUAAGGACACCGCUCGAUCCGAUGGAAACCUUUGCAGAUGACCCCCUUCGCAUACUGAGGGUGCUGAGGUUUGCAGCUAGACUAUCCUUUGAAAUAGUUCCAGAGAUACUCUCUGUGCUAGGAGAGAAGUCUCUCCACACCAAGCUCGGACAAAUAGUCUCCAAAGAGAGAGUAGGCCAGGAGAUAAAGAAGACUCUUGCACACGCAGGGUACAAGACAGCUCUGCUUACAAUGGCUGAGUACGGGAUAACCAAGGUAAUUCUCCCAUUUGCAGAUGUGUCAUUAGAGGAUCUGCAAAAAUAUAUAGAGGCUUUGGAAAAAAUAGAAGAGAAUAAAUCUCAUCCUCUACACAAAAUAAAAGAUACAGAUUUGUAUUUAGUCAGAGCAUUUGGGCUCCUGCAAAAUAGCAUGGGAAAGAGAAAAGGAAAGAUUCUGCUCACUGAGUAUGCAGCAGGGGAGUGCUUCAAAUGGACGAAAGCAGAAAGAAAAAGCCUGGCACAAAUAGAGCUAUGUCUGCAGGGAAUGGACAGUGUAGUAGAUAAAGACAUAGAAAAGACAGACAAGCUAGUGCAGAUAUCUAGAAUGCUAGGAAGCGCACUAGAAGAAUCACUAACAGUGUACGAUAUCCUCCAGCACAGGAAGGCUCACAUAAAGAUAGAUGUACCUCAGAUGUACUCUGAUAUAGUAGGCCAGGGGUAUAGAGAGGUCUAUCUAGAGAAAUACAGCAUUGACUUUGAAACAGUCAUGAAAGAGCUAGAUAUAAAGCCCAGGGAAGCACAGCAGCACAUGGAAAGAUACACACAGCUAUCAAUCAUCCAUAAAACAGAGGAUAAAGAGUACAUAUUCAGCCUACUGAAGAACGAGAUAGCGCAGGAAGUCAAAAAAUAA